GUUUGACGCACUACACGACGAACGAACCACAUCCAACACACCUAACUGUCGGUAAGACAUUACUCAACAGUAACUACGCUAGUUAAAUAGCGAGCUGCAAUGCUUUCCAUCACAGCCACUCUUAUCAAGAACACCCGCCUCGUCCCGUGCAUAAGGCUGCUACACACGUCUCCUGUGGUCAAAAUGCCGAUUCAGGCUGGUGAACAUCUCCCUGCUGUGGAGGUCCACGAGGGGGAGCCAGGAAAUAAGGUGGCCAUGGAUCAGCUGUUCAAGGGGAAGAAGGGAGUCCUCUUUGCUGUACCUGGAGCUUUUACCCCUGGUUGUUCCAAGACUCACUUCCCUGGUUUUGUGCAGCAGGCUGAGGACUUGAAGAGUAAAGGCAUACAGGAAAUUGCUUGCAUUUCAGUCAAUGAUGCAUUUGUCAUGGCAGCCUGGGGGAAGGAGCAUGGAGCAGAUGGCAAGGUUCGAAUGCUGGCUGAUCCCACUGGAGCUUUUACACAGGCAGUUGACCUGCUACUUGACAGUGAUCAGAUUGUGCAGGUACUUGGGAACAAACGAUCCAAGAGAUAUUCAAUGUUGGUGGAAGAUGGAGUUGUGAAGAAGAUCAAUGUGGAGCCUGAUGGCACAGGGCUGACCUGCAGCCUGUCUUCCAAUAUUCUGUCUGAUCUGUAGGGUUAUUUAGAGCUUAUUAACCAAACUGCAAACGCUGAGUUACUGAAAAAGUUGCACUAACAAAGUCCUGUACCAACCUGUUCAAGCUUCCUGCUUUUCCCAAACACAUAUGCAAAUAUGACCUGGAUGCCAAAAACAGAGCUGGAAAGUAAUUAAUGCGCACAACUAUGGCAUCAACAGCAAUCCAAAGGAACAUACAUUAUCCUCUAUACUGUUACUUGUAAGUAAAUAAAACAUAUAUUGAAAGCAAUAA